CUAUUCCCACCAAAUGAACUGGGAGCAACAUUUCCAACUUGCAAACUCUUCCUAGUUCCUACCCUUCUUUUCUCUCUGUCCAACGAUGCAUUCCGAGGAUCGCCUUCCAACCCUUUCGUUCUUUCUGAUGAUCACCAGCUUCACUUUACUUCACAUCCCGAAAUCUUUCAGCCAGGAUCAACAACAAUUUGAAACCUGCAGUGAGCCGUUUCGGUGUGGAAAUAUUGACUUUACUUAUCCAUUCUGGGGUGGGGAUCGCCCGGAAAGUUGUGGCUAUCCAGGUUUCAAUCUAAGCUGCCAAGGGAACGUCCCUCGGUUUACGGUUGGCCCCCUUGCAUACCGGAUUCUCUCCUCUGUAGAUACCUCAUCUCAAACUCUUACUGUUGCCAGAGACGAUCUGUGGGAUAAUAAUUGUCCUCAGUAUUUCCUUAACACCACCUUGAAUUUCAACAUCUUCAGUUACCCCAACACCGUCGAUAACAUCAUUCUGUUCUAUAAUUGCACUACUGCCAACAUCCUUCAACGGCCAAAUCAGUUUAAUUGCACUGUCAAUAGCACCACACCAACUGCCAAUUUUUUCCAGACAAGUAGUGCAGCCAACAGCAACACACGUAGUGCUUGUACUGAUAACAUCAGGGUUCCCAUUAAUCGCGCCGCAUUUCCGAGUCUCUUCAGUAAUACGGCCAUAUUCAAUACUACGGAUCUUCGAGCCGCACUUACCACCGGCUUUCCUUUGCGAUAUGAAGCAAAUAAUACAGCCUGCAAUAAUUGCUCUAACACAGGUGGCCGGUGCGGGUAUGACACUCGUUCCAACUCAUUUGCCUGCUAUCCCAAUAGAAAUGGCGGUAAAAGUGGUCUCGGCACUCCAGGAGGCCUCUUGACUGUCGUUGCUGUAUGUGUUGCUGGGAUCAUAUUACUUGGGGGCAUAUUGUACUGCUUUCUCAAAAGGUGCUCAUCGUGGGAAGCAGUGAUCUACUGGAAGUCGGACGAAGGGAAUAACCAACAAGUCGAAGCAUUCAUGAGGAAUUAUGGAUCAGUUGCUCCGAAGCUGUACAAAUAUUCAGAAAUCAAGAAGAUGACCAAUUCAUUUUCUAAAAAAUUAGGACACGGAGGAUAUGGUAGCGUGUACAGAGGUAAGCUAUCUGAUGGCCGUCUGGUGGCAGUAAAAGUCUUAAAUGAUACCACUGGAAAUGGAGAAGAAUUCAUCAAUGAGGUCGCGAGUAUCAGCAGAACUUCCCAUGUUAAUGUGGUCAAUCUCUUAGGUUUCUGCUACGACAGGACUAAGAGGGCACUAAUCUAUGAGUUCAUGCCUAAUGGAUCCUUGGAUAAAUUCAUAUAUCAGAAGCGAUCAUCCGGGGAUAUGACUAAAGAUUGUCAGUUGGAGUGGAAAACGUUAUACGAAAUUGCGGUUGGCACUGCCCGAGGUUUGGAGUAUCUACACAAAGGUUGCAACACAAGAAUUGUUCACUUUGACAUAAAGCCUCAGAACAUUCUGUUGGACAAAGACUUCUGUCCCAAGAUCUCUGAUUUUGGUCUGGCUAGAUUAUGUAAACAGAAACAGAGUAUAUUAUCAACGAUUGGCGCCAGAGGAACAGCCGGAUACAUUGCUCCAGAAGUAUUUUGUCGAAAUUUUGGUGGCAUUUCUCACAAAUCGGACGUCUACAGUUAUGGGAUGAUGCUUCUUGAAAUUGUCGGCUUGAGAAGGAAAAUUGGAACUGAUUCAGAACAAACAAGUGAGAGAUACUUUCCAGAUUGGAUAUAUGAACAUCUAGAACUUGGGAAGGACCUGGAGAUUCAAGGUGUCGUGAAUGAAGAGGAGGAAGAUACUUCAAGAAAGAUGAUUUUAGUAGGACUGUGGUGCAUCCAGACGAAUCCAACAGAUCGUCCAUCAAUGGGCAAGGUAGUUGAAAUGCUGGAGGGUAGCCUUGAGCAUUUGAAAAUCCCCCCUAAGCCGUUUCCAGAGUCUCCUCCUGUGGCCAGGGAGUCCACCCAAGAAUCUUGGACAUCAUCAAUUUAAAUUUCAUGAUGAAAUUGGGCCAGAUAGCAAGUUCCUCGUUAACAGUGAGCAAAAUUGAGGCGGGAACUAUAAUGUACAAUUUUGUACAUGCUGAUUAGCCUUAGGACUAUUACCCUCCCCCCUUUCUCUCACAUCGGUCUAG